GAUGUGUUGAAUUCCGUAAUGAAGUCAGCACAUGUCACUAUUGUAAAUUAUGGAACGCAAUGAUUCUGCUGUGGUCGAUUUACUCGCCGCGGUAGUUUGUAGGCGCAUCACCAAAGCGCUCCACUGAGGUUCCCCGCCACUGACUAGUGCAAUUUCUGUCCAUCGGCUAUAUUAUCACAAGAACAUUUACAAAGUUUUUUCAUUUUUUUUUAUUGGCAAUUUUGUCGAAGGAGGCAGUCGGACAGUAUUAUUUUGAUGGAAAGUGAACAAAACUAAAGGGAUGACUGAACACUUGUAAGUAAGCGGUUGACACCUAAGCAUGGCUCUUACGGGGAAUGAGACCUCAGCUCGCCCCGGUUAUGCCCCCCAUUAUCUCCUGGAGGGUGAUCCAUUUGCCUCCAAGCUGUCCAAGGAGGCCGACAUCGUGGCUGCCUUCUACAUCUGCAUCAUAGGGAUCCUGUCUGCCACAGGAAAUGGCUAUGUUAUAUACAUGACCAUCAAACGCAAGACAAAGCUAAGGCCGCCUGAGCUCAUGACAGUUAACUUAGCCAUCUUUGACUUUGGCAUAUCAGUCACAGGGAAACCGUUCUUUGUGGCGUCCAGUUUCUCCCACCGCUGGCUGUUUGGUUGGGAGGGCUGUCGUUUCUAUGGUUGGGCUGGCUUCUUCUUCGGUGUUGGCAGCCUCAUCACCAUGACCGUAGUUAGCCUAGACCGAUACCUCAAGAUCUGUCAUCUCAGAUACGGUACUUGGCUGAUGAGGCACCAUGCCUUCCUGUGUCUGGUGUUUGUCUGGCUCUACGCAGGAUUCUGGGCCACCAUGCCCCUGGUGGGCUGGGGCAGCUACGCACCAGAGCCAUUUGGCACCUCCUGUACCCUGGACUGGUGGCUGGCCCAGACCUCCGUGGCGGGCCAGAGCUUCGUCAUGGCCAUCCUCUUCUUCUGCCUUAUCUUCCCCACCGGCAUCAUCGUCUUCUCCUAUGUUAUGAUAAUCUUCAAGGUCAACUCCUCAGCUAAAGAGAUCUCCCACUUUGACACCAGGAACAAGAACAGCCAUAGCCUGGAGAUGAAACUGACCAAGGUGGCGAUGUUGAUCUGUGCUGGUUUCUUGAUAGCGUGGAUCCCGUAUGCAGUGGUCUCAGUGGUGUCUGCGUUUGGCGAGCCCGACUCAGUGCCUAUCUCUGUCUCUGUGAUCCCCACUCUGCUGGCUAAGUCCUCUGCCAUGUACAACCCCAUUAUCUACCAAGUUAUUAACCUGAAACGCUCCUGUGCAAAAUCCUCCUGUUUCCAAGUCCUGAAGAAGUGUAGACAUUUUAAAAAGUCAAGUCCAAUCACAACCCUGCUAUCAACUGCUAAGACAUGGACCACCGCUCACCACCCAGACCUACGCAACCCAGCCUUGCUGUAUCUAUGUUCCUGCUCCAAACAGCUCUCUGUACUCUCCUACUUCAUGUCCCUCUCUGUGUUUACAGCUCAAGGCUGACGCCAAGAUGGUUUUUUUUUACACUUUGUACAGAUUAUUUUGUAUUGUGUACUCGUGCACCUGUGACUUGCAUAGUUUGAAGACAUUUAAACCUUUAUGUGCACCUGUAAGAUCUAAAGCGCUGUUCAGAAAGAGGUAUGAUAUACUCUAAAGAGAGCUGGAGGGACUGUGGUGUUGGCGUUUAGCGUUGUCCCCUGCUUCAGGCAGGUCUGACUGUAGCAGCACUUUUCAUCAACGAUCAAAGUCAUCAUAUGAUUCUUACUGUCCCUCUAUGCAUGUUCACAGAUGCCGUUGACAUCACGAAACAAAAUACAAUUUUAGAUCAUACACAAACUGCACGGUCCACUGCUCCAUAGCAGCCAGUGGAUGAAGUGGUUGGACCAAAUAAUGAAGGAAAACAGCACAACAAAGUCUGUUAAAGUAGUGGCUAUGUCUUACAGGACUAUGUUCCUGUCAUUGUUAACCAUUUUGUAUGCACUGAUGUCAGUCUUAGUUGAGAUCAAUGUUGGUAGUAAAGGUUUAACCCAUUCAAAGUGAAGUAUAUUCACACACAAGUAGUCAGAAAUCCUUCACUAACAACAGUUACCAAAAAUGUACACACAGCACCUUAGCUGGAGUCCUUAAUGGGGAAAUUGCCACGUCCGUUUGCGAUAUUAAAAACACAAAGAAGUUACUGCAAACCAUAAACACUGUUUCUUUAAUCUCUCAGACAUCAUUGCAAAUGCAAUAGAAUAGCUAAAUAUGUACUGCAAUUGUUUUUACCGCGUUGGCCGACGCUCCUAACUCCCACUUUGUCAACAAAACAAAUAUACCUAAGAGCCGCAAUGAACAGGCUUCACAGGAUCAGUUGGAUAGCAACCCAAUGAAAUGACGUUGAACCAACAUGGAAUAGACAUUGAAUUGAUGUCUGUGACCAGUAGGAAAACAAGCAGGCUAGCAUGUUGGAACUAUUUCACAUUGUCUAAUGCAGGCGAACCAAGUCCACUAGAUCAAUAGUUAUUGCUCUAGUAUCCUGUGGUGCCAUUGGUGCCAAUGACAUCUAUAGUCCCACCAACUGGCCUGGUGCAGCCAUUUAAAGUUGCAGGGACUUUAUAUAGAGCCCCACAGUGGAGGUGCCAUAAUACCCAUAAAACCUACAGGGAAAUGGUUUCAAUCGUUUUCCCACCAUUCACUACACAAAACAGCCCUUAUUUGAAGUGUUUCUAAAAAUCCCCUAUUGGAAAAAUGAAUGGUGGAAAAAUGUUUGGAACCAUUUCCCUGUUUGACCGCUAGGUUUUAUGGGUAUUAUGACUUAUACUGUGGUAUUCUAUUCACAAAGCUUCUAAGAACACAUACAUAAUGUUUACAUACAAAAUUGUAUGGCCCCAUGUUCAUCGGUUCAGUUCCUAUAGCCUCUAGUGGUGUAGCGUGGCUGACUUUGAAUGCAGAAAGUAAUCAUUCUCAAAUUCAUUACAGGUUAAUUAAUUGAGUGUAUAUACCAAAUCUGGAGUCAAUCUGAUUCAUGAGAAUAAGAUUUGUAAAAUAUUUGAAGCAUUAGCAUCUGUACGAACAUGCAUCUAUAUGUACUGUGCGUACAUAUUUGAAUGCAGCAACAUUUCAAAACCAUUAACAUUAAAGACUGAUGUAAUGAGUCUAAAUACAAAAUCUGGAGUAAUUGUGAGAUAUAGUUCACAAGGAGAAAACAAUUGCAGAUCAUUUUGAGCAUUAGUGUUACAUACGCAAAGAAUUUGUUAAUAGUUUCCUUGUUUUUGGAGAUAGCAAUUCCAAAUUCUGUCAAGGUAUAUCUUAGGGGAGAUGACACAUUUGAAGUUUAUAGGCCACUGUGGAGUGGAUUUACAAUGGUUUAAAUGGACACAUGAAAUCAGAUUUUUGUACAUUCCAGAUUUUCUGUCAUUUGGUCCUAUGGUUCAUCAGCAGAAGAUAAAAAUAUAUAUUUUUAGCAUAUUACCAUAUGUGCUAAACUGCAUCUACUGGUAUAGUGUGGCCAUCUUUGAAAGAGUUCAAAUACCACAUUUUGGAGUAAAUCUGACUUUUAGUCCAUGAGAAGAAGAUUUUUUAUGAUUAUUUUAAGCAUUAGCUUUACGUAGUCAAAAAAGUGAACUGUUCAUAGUUUUGAUAUUGUUUAAGAUAUCAAUGCCAAAUUUAACAUGGUUCAUCAUGGUAAUGUAUUUGAUGAGUAUAAAAGUUUCAAGUUGAUAGGCCAUUGUGAAGGGGAUUUACAAGCGGUUUAAAUGGACAUUUAAAAUCUGAUUUCCUGAUUAUCAAUAACUCAGCCAUCUCCUAACCAAUCCCUUAGCCUUCCUCAAACUACGUUAAGCGAUGUACCGUGGGCCUACAUACCGAAGUUGGUGUUAUUUGGUUCAUGAGAAUACGUUUUCAAAGGUUUUCCAAAAUGUCUAAGAUGGUGGAAAAUCUAUGGAUGUCAUGGGUCCUUGAGGCAAAUUUGUUCAGCAUGAGAAAAGACACGUCAUUCCAAGGUUUCUCUAGAUCAAACAAGGUGGAGGUAAUGAGGGUUUAAGUGGGACUGCUUAUAACAGCGCCAUCUAUAGGCCAUCAGAACCAUUAUUUUUGACCAAGUUACUCAAGGCAUUUAGUUUCUGUGCACCAAAUUAGAAAGAAAAUGACCAAUCCAUGUUUGAGUUAUUUGGCCAUCUAAAAAAAAUAUAUAUAUAUAUCUAAGAAUAACGAUAGCUUUCACAGCUUUGCUGUGAGCUCCUAAUAACAGCGGCCUUGGGCGGACAGUGGCGCUGUUUCCCCUACUGUGUCUUUAACUCACAUUGAGACAGGCUACAAGGCAACUUCUGAGAGUGUUCUCUUAGUCUACUCAAGAGCUGGAACUCUGAUUAAAGUGUUUACAUGUUCUAAUAAAUCGAAAGAUUGCUCAGAAGUCAGAGUGUUUUAAUCAGUUUAUGCUUACUUCAAUUAUGGCCUUACGCCAAUUAAGAUAAGCAGAGUAAGGUGUUUACAUGAUAAUGCCUUACUCUGUCUACUGCCGUAAUCAGUUUAAUAUCACAUUCAUUAGUGUGCAUAUAAACAUCCUAAUUUAAUCAUUCACAAUAAUGUUUAUCAAAAGUAUUUUACAUGAUACUGUGUGCGUGUGUGUAUGGGGUCCAGGCAUAUGCAAGAAAAUAAUUAUCUUAUUGGUUAUUAUAAAAUGUCAUACUGUCAAUUUUUGCAUUUUGAACUGUUCAUCUCCACUCUAACUGAGAUGGUCAGCAUUCACCACACUGUAAAAACACAAGUACGGCUGUGUUGGGAUGUCCUGUCAAGGCCUGAAACAUCCACAGACAGUGGGUGAUAGCGGUUGAUGUGUUGAUAGGACCAGGUCUCACUGACCUCUUCAGAACAAUGGAAAGGCAGAAGGAUCAACACACCUGCACUCAGCCCAAGGGCCAAACAUUGGCAAGAGGCAUCAACAAUGUUUAUUUGAUAGUAUUUAUUCAAACGCAAUAUCUCCUCUCUUAGUGUCUUAGUAGAGUUGUGUUUUUGUUGUUUGUAUUCUUUUCCGUUUGUAUUCUUUCAGUGUUUUGCUGAUAAUCUGAUUUAUUUGUUUAUUAUUUUAUUAUGUUAAAUUUUGAAUGAUAGUAUUAGGAAAGUUGAGUGAUGUCACGUUCUAUAAUGUUAAGUAAUUUUCUUAAAUGUUUGAGAUGUUAAUCUGUAAAAAAAAUACAUGUCAACCAAGAGGUUCAUAUUGAUGUCAAAGAGGUAAUACGUGUAUUUGCAUAUUUCUCAUAGAGUGAACUGUAAUGCUUACCUGUUAUCACAUCUUGUUAACGCACAAAAAUGAUGAAUGAGGAAGGAGAUAGCUAACAUGUCGUUAUUUGAUCUCAGGUAUAGGUCCAUUUCUUUCCUUAGUGGGCUCUCUGUCCGUCUCCACUUCACAGUAUUAGUCUCGUCAUUUUAUAUGCCUCUGUUUUAAUGAGGAUGCCCUACUGUACUUCAACAGGGUUUGAUUGUGUCUCAGGAAAGAAGGCUCUAAUUCAUUGUAUUUUCCAAACAAAAUAUUUGAAAUUAUUUGAAUGUUUUAUCAUGAAGAACAUGGUCUGAAGCAGCAAGGAUAGUGGUCCAGGAGGAAUAUGUAACAUUGCUUAUUGUCAUACUCUUUGUGUUUCCUAUGAGCAUGUGUAAUAUAACUACUUUCAUACUACCUGUAGUUUUCAUUCAAGUACCAUAUGUCGCACCUUAUACUUCAUUCCACAUUCUUUAUGAGGAAUGACUUUUUGUUCCUUUAUUUUGUAAAGAAAAGUACAGCAUUCGAUAGCAAAUCUGUUGUGUUGAAAAAAGAUAAGUGCAAAUAAAGGUGCAGUUAUGCACAUA